AUGCUUUCUAUUGCUAAGCACUUCUCUACACCAGCAUGGAAUACCCUUUGGCGGUACAUUUGUAGCCAGUGCGCUUUUCUGUGGAACUUCAUCUCACGCAUACUGGCCGGAGAACCUGGAGCACCACGGCUUAUGAUCGGAUCCCACAAGCAGCAGCCGCAUCAGCCGUCCAAGACAGCACAUAUAGACGGCCCGCGACAGAUUACUUAUGUGCCUAUCCCAGGACCGUGGCGACGGAAAGAGAAACCGAAUUGGCCUGAUACAGCCUUCCAAAUUCCAGCCGACGUGCCCGAUGGCACCAUAUACUAUGUUACGAAAGGUAGAUGGAUCGGUGAGGGAAGCACGGCGCACAUUGAACUGCUUACCUCGGGCCACAUCGUCAAGUACCCCAAGUCGAAUCCUUAUUGCCGAAAGAAUGAGGAGGAAAAUCAUGAUCGUGUGCGAGCCGAGGCCGAAGUCUACAAGCGCCUCAACGAUGCCUCCCACGUCCCUCAACUCGUUCACUGGGAUCCGGAUUCGUGCUGCCUGACGUUGGAAUACAUGGAGAACGGAAGCCUCGAGGGGUAUGUCAAAACAACCGCCGAAGCGACCACGGGCGACGUACAGCACGUUCCUGCGAACCUUCGACGACGGUGGGCAGUCCAAGCGGCAAGGGCUUUGACUGUCGUUCACGCGGCCGAGGUCAUUCACUGCGACGUCACGCCGCGCAACUUCUUGUUGAAUGCACAACUAGAUCUCUACAUUGCCGACUUCGCCGGCUGCUCAAUUUCUGGGUCGGCUCGUCUCGUCGCACCAGGAUCAAGAUAUCAACCGCCAGGUUGGAAUUGGAAGCGCAAGGCAGUUGAAUCGGAUGACGUCUUCGCCCUAGGCUCGGUGUUGUACUUCAUCAUAGUUGGUACCGAACCCUAUGCCAAUCUGGAAGAGGACGAAGUGCACGAUCUGUUUCAGAAAGCAAAGUUUCCCAACGUGGACCAACUCCCAUGCGGAGGCGUUAUUCAGGGUUGCUGGGACGGCACCAUAUCUACUGCAGAGGGAGUAGUCAAUGCCUUGAAUGGUCUUGAGUGGAGGGAGGCAGAGAUUGAACCGGUAUGCUGA